AUGCCAGACGAUCAAUCAAGUGGGUCUUCCAAUGCUGACCCGACGAAUAACCCAUUAUUCGGUGCUCCCCCACCUUCAUCAGGAACAUCCCCUUCCCCUUCCCCACCUGAACCUCAGCCUCAGCCUGCUGCACCCAUCACACCUGAUUCUAUCCUAUCAUCCUCAUCAUCGAGUACUGUUCCACUGACGGCAACUACCAACCCGCUAUUCGGUGCUUCACCCCCUCAAGACGUAUACGCUCACACAGGAGGAAAUACGAAUACGAGUUCGAAUACGAAUGUCACCUCGCAAUAUCAACGAAACCCAAGGGAAAUUCAUGUAUAUCAACCUCCUAGAAAUGGACCACACAAUUUCUCUUAUAAUAAUAGUUCAUCAUCAUCAUCAACAUCAUCGUUCAAAACACUUAUGUUUAUAAGAAGAAUAACAUAUGUCCUUUCUAUGUUCUUGGGAAUAUCAGCUACUCUAUCUGCCCUAUGUUCAGUGUUCUUACUACCAUUAUUACACUCGAGUUUUUCAGCUAGAAAGGCGAUCGUGGAUCAACAACUCACAAGAGUGAAUUCACUCGUGAAUGGUUUAAAGAAAUUACGUGGAUCAAAAUUAUAUCCUAAUUCUAAUUCUGAUUCCCUUCCAACCAAAUCUCAUUCCGGAUCAGAGGAAUCAGACUAUGGUGAAGACAGCAACAAUAACAAUAACAGAGCGGAUCAAAAAUCAUCAUUAUCAUCAUCGAGGAAAGAAGAAAUAUCUACCAAAGAAUCUCAAGCCAGUUUGAAAGAAAUCACUUCUUCUUCCUCAUCAUCUUCAACUUCUUCUCAGACUGAUCACCAUGAACACCCAGAGGUCCCACUCCCAUUUCAGUCGAUUAGUCCAAUACUAUCCCUCCAAACAUUAUCCGCUGGACUUAAAUCACUUUCAUCAGCGCUAGAUUCAACUUCUACCACUCGAACAUCGCUCAUAUCGACUCUUGAAUCGUAUACCUCUUCCAUCCAUCGUCAGCUAUUCGUCUCUCGUCCGGCGGGUGGCUUUGGUGGCUAUUCAGUAGGGAUGGGUAGUCUUUCUCAACAUUUAGGUAAAAAUGGCGAAUCAAAUGGCGUAGAUGGACUGGGCGGUGUCAAAGGCGAAGAAUGGGAUAGUGUAAGGAAAGAAGUAAGAGCUAUUAAAGGUGUUUUAUUAAACAGAAGACAAUUCGCUCAACCACAACCACAAACACAAUCGCAACCACAAUCGCAUUCCCACAUGCAGUCAAGUCAAAUAGCUGAUUAA